GGCCUAGACAUCGGCCAACAGAGUCAGUUACCAUGCAGCAGCAACCAUUGGCCCGGCUCGGGCUUGGGCCGGUCCGCCUCGGCCUGCGGGGCGGUGAGCGGCAGAAUGUUCUCUGCUACUCUUCGGCGGCCGCCGAGAAGGUGCCGAUGAGCAAGUUCGAGCAGACUGAGUACCUCAACGACCGCUACAAGGCCAUUGAGGAGCGCCUCAGUGUGGUGCGCAAGCGGCUGAACAAGCCGAUGACGCUGGCUGAGAAGAUCGUCUAUGGUCACCUCGAUGACCCCGAGACUGCCGAGAUGAAGCGCGGCGUGUCCUACCUGAAGCUGCGCCCAGACCGCGUGGCGAUGCAGGAUGCCACCGCUCAGAUGGCUAUGCUGCAGUUCAUUUCGUCCGGUCUGCCUAAGACCAUGGUGCCCUCCACCAUCCACUGCGAUCACCUCAUUGAGGGCACCACCUCUCCUCAGCCGGACAGGGAGGGCAAGUACGGUGGCGAGGCUGACCUGAAGUACGCCGUCAACAUCAACAAGGAGGUGUACGACUUCCUGGCUACGGCUGGUGCUAAGUACGGCGUGGGCUUCUGGCAGCCCGGCUCCGGCAUUAUCCACCAGAUCGUGCUGGAGAACUACGCCCUGCCCGGUCUGAUGAUGAUCGGCACGGACUCGCACACUCCCAACGCCGGUGGCCUGGGCAUGUGCGCUGUCGGUGUCGGCGGUGCUGAUGCCGUGGAUGUGAUGGCUGGCCUGCCCUGGGAGCUGAAGGCCCCUAAGGUCAUUGGUGUUAAGCUGACCGGCAAGAUGUCCCGCUGGACCUCGCCCAAGGAUGUCAUCCUCAAGGUCGCUGGCAUCUUGACCGUCAAGGGUGGCACUGGCGCUAUUGUGGAGUACUUCGGCCCCGGCGUCGACCACAUGAGCUGCACCGGUAUGGCUACCGUUUGCAACAUGGGUGCUGAGAUCGGUGCUACCACCUCGGUCUUCCCCUUCAACAAGCGCAUGUACGACUACCUGGUCUCCACCGAGCGUGCUAGCGCUGCCUCCCUGGCUGACUCCUUCAAGGAGAACCUGCGCGCUGAUGAGGGUGCCCAGUACGACCAGGUCAUUGAGAUCAACCUGUCGGAGCUGGAGCCGCACAUCAACGGCCCCUUCACGCCCGACCUGGCUCACCCGCUGUCCAAGUUCGCCGAGGAGCUGCGCAAGAACAACUGGCCCACGGAGCUGAAGGCCGGCCUGAUUGGCAGCUGCACCAACUCGUCGUACGAGGACAUGGCCCGCGCCGCGUCCGUGGCCCGCCAGGCUCUGGCUGCCGGCAUCAAGGCCAAGGUGCCCUUCACCAUCUCCCCCGGCAGCGAGCAGAUCCGCGCCACCACCACCCGCGACGGCAUCAUGGACGUCUUCGACAAGAUUGGCGGGACCGUGCUGUCUAACAGCUGCGGCCCCUGCAUUGGCCAGUGGAAGCGCACGGAUGUUGCCAAGGGCGAGGCUAACUCGAUCAUCACCUCGUUCAACCGCAACUUCGCUGCCCGCAACGACGGCAACCCCGCCACCCACUGUUUCGUGGCCUCUCCCGAGCUGGUGACCGCCUUCGCCAUUGCUGGUGACCUGACCUUCAACCCCGAGAAGGACACCCUGGUCGGCGCUGACGGCAAGGAGAUUAAGCUGGAGGCCCCCUUCGGCGAUGAGCUGCCCGCUCGCGGCUUCGAUGCCGGCGCCAACGUGUACCAGGCGCCCCCCACCAACACCGAGGACCGCACCAAGGUGCAGGUCAAGGUGGACCCCGCCUCGCAGCGCCUGCAGCUGCUGGAGCCCUUCAACGCCUGGAACGGCGAUGACAUUAAGGACGCCGCCGUCCUCAUCAAGGUCAAGGGCAAGUGCACGACCGACCACAUCUCCAUGGCCGGCCCGUGGCUGAAGUACCGCGGUCACCUGGACAACAUCUCCAACAACAUGCUCAUCGGUGCCAUCAACAUCGAGAACGGCAAGCCCAACGCCGUGAAGAACCUCAUCACCGGCGAGGAGGGUGCCGUGCCCGCCACUGCCCGUGACUACAAGGCCCGCGGCCUGCCGUGGGUGGUGAUUGGCGAUGAGAACUACGGUGAGGGCAGCAGCCGCGAGCACGCCGCGCUGGAGCCCCGCCACCUGGGCGGUGUCGCCAUCAUCGUGAAGUCGUUUGCUCGCAUUCACGAGACGAACCUCAAGAAGCAGGGUAUGCUGCCCCUGACCUUCGCCAACCCGGCUGACUACGAGAAGAUCGACCCCACGGACAGCAUCUCCAUCCUCGGCCUGAAGACCUUCACCCCCGGCGUGCCCCUGACCCUGGCCGGCAAGAAGAAGGACGGCUCCAGCUACACCAUCCCCGUGAACCACACCUUCAACGAGAACCAGAUCAACUGGUUCAAGAACGGCUCGGCGCUCAACGCCAUGGCCGCGGCCUUCAAGGCCGGCAAGAUGUAAAUUGCGGUGGGCUGUGCAGUUCGCUUGCAGUGUUUAGCCGGUUAAGGCCGGCUGGUUUGUUGGCUGUUGUUUGGUGAUGAAGGUUUUUGGAUUUAAGAAUUUUUUCUGGUGGUAUCUGGUCAAUUGGCUUCUUGAGCAAGAUUGUACGAAACAAUAUCGUACUGUCUUUUGCGCCCUCAGUUGGGCGCUGUGAUGUGCUCAUGUUGGGUCUCCGGGAAGUUUUUCGAUGGUAGCCGUUGAGUGUGCGGCUGUCAUAUGGACCUCCGCCAUCCGAAACGUCGCCAUUCUUUUAUACGGACUGCUGCGUCCAAACAUACGUUGGACGUGUAAUGGUUGGUCGGAAUACCUCGCAAAGCUUGCCUGUAAGGCUUAUCACAGCGA